AUGAGAGCAUUAAUUAGGGGACCGUCUUUGACUCGCUAUGUUCGCAUACACGCAUAUAUUGUACAUAAUACUCAUAAUACUCAUAAUACUCCUAUUACUCCUAUUACUCCUAUUACUCCUAUUACUCCUAUUACUCCUAUUACUCCUAUUACUCCUAUUACUCCUAUUACUCCUAUUACUCCUAUUACUCCUAUUACUCCUAUUACUCAUGUUUCCAAUUUUCCCAGAUUAAUAAUCGCUCGUAUCUCAGGUCCUGAAGACACAGAACCGGUUUCCCUCAAGUUCAACAGCCACUUAAAUGGCAAGGCUCUGUUAAGUGAGACCAGUUUCAUACACCGCCAGUUUCUCGCUCCAGGAUCUCAUUAA